AUGCUAUUCGGUGAAAAUGUCUUAAAAUUAAAAUUUGCGACUUCGUUCGAGUGUGUUAUUCAGCGAAAAUUUGUUAAAAUUGAAAGUCUGCCAGGGUUAUUCACUGACACUGCCUGUACUAUUCUCACUGCAUCAAUACAGUUUGCGACUUCCUUCGAGUAUGUUAUUCAGCGAAAAAUUGUUAAUAUUUCAAAGUUUGCUUGUACUACUCACUGA